AUGUCGAAAACCCUUCUACAGACUGCCCGGCCAGCUUCAACUCUCUGUUCCUUGAAGCCAACUGCUCGACGGAGCUUCAUAACACUGCCCGGAACCGAAGUGCAAAGCCUCAAAGCGACACGGAUUCUUCCCUACAAAUCCUCUAGUCUCUACACGCUCAUCGCCGACGUCGACAGUUAUUCCAGCUUCCUCCCCUACUGUCAAGGCUCGAGAGUUACAAAGUGGUCCGACCCAGACAAGAAUGGCAAGCGCUGGCCCUCGGAGGCAGAUCUGAAGGUCGGAUGGGGUGGAUACGAGGAGACCUUCACUUCAAGGCUCUUCUGCGUGCCCGGCUCGACGGUGGAAGCUCUCGGGGGAGAAGCCACCACAUCUUUGUCCAGGGGGGAUCUCGAACACCACGCGGCAACGAUGGACGCCCCGGCAAUCGCCAGUAGCAUAUUCCAGUCUAUGCGCACGGUAUGGAUGCUGCGACCUUUUCAUUACAAGCCACCCUCGGGCCGACCGCAGACGGACACGGCUGAGCAUCCGGCGAGGGAUCGGACAGAGGUCCACUUGAAGAUCGAUUUCCAGUUCUCCAAUCCCAUAUACGCUGCGUUGAGCAAGGCUGUUGCGCCUAAAGUUGCCGGAAUCAUGAUCGAAGCGUUUGAGUUACGGGCGAGGAGGAUAUUAGACGGUCCUGGAACGGCUGUCCAGGAGAAGGAUUCAUUAGAACAUGCAUUCAGUGCUGGGAAGAAGAUUGGCGCAUAA